CAUUUUCGCAAUGUUGAAGGAUGAAGAUUUAACUAUAAAGAAAAUUGUAGUCGCAAUUUAUCUUCUUUAUUAAAGGACAUGACGUAGGUUUUAAAUUUACUCGCGCAUUGAUGAAAAAAAAUAUGUACGUUCUGCAUGAAUAAAUAAUUUAUAAUAAUGCAAUAUUCCAUUAAAAAUAAGAAUCGUCAAUUUCAGCUCCAUGGUGUAGUGCAGUAGGCUAUAGUUUUGUGUUUUUGUUUAUAUUUGUGAUGUGUGGUCAUAAUAAAAUGAUAAAUAUUUACAGUUCACCUUAUAUUAGCACAUCCUGACUUGUAGCCUAAUUUCACUUUUGUGGUUACUGAAAUGUUUGAAAACUUGUAUGUUGAAAAUAUUGAAACAUAUAAUUACAGUAACACACUUAAACCCCCCCGUCAACCUUUUGUUUUGACUUUUGACCUUUGGGUCGGGGAGGGGAGAAGACAGACAGACAGACAGACAGACAGACGCGCGCGCGCGCGCACAAUUCGCACACUGUCGGUUACAUUGUUUUGUUUACGGUAGUUCCGCAGCGAGAAAGGGGCUGACUAGAGACACGCUUCAGAGGGAAACAAUUUAACCUGCGCUCGAGACACAGUGAGGCGCGCGACCACCAGCUUGUCUCGCGCAGCAGACUCAGCAGUUCACGCUCUCUUCUAGUGUGCAUCACAUCGUAGCGUCUCCUGUCAGCCGCAGUUACGCCGAAGCCACAAACUCCACUUUACUGAAAUAAAUAUCUACCCGUGUUUCAAAAAAGGACUCAAGAACAAGGAUAAUUUUGUCAGAUAACCAUAAUGCCAAAAAUGGAUUCAACUGGGGAUUCAAAAGAUGUGUCAAAGACGUCAAACAGCAAUGGACAUCAUCACACAUCACAGAUAUUUCAUUGCGUAACAACCCUCGUAUGUUUUAUGUUGUCGGCGUCUUCGGUGGCAGUUUGUCUGUUUAUGAACGUCAAAACUUCUCAUCUUGAGCGUAAAAUUGAGUUUCUGGAGAUGGAUAGACUGUCUGUGAUUCAACCUGUGCACGCGACACUGGAUGCGCACGCGACUCUUUGGGAUGCGAUAGAGAAACUUGUGCAAGAGAGACUCAAAGAGGGAGAGUCGAAAAUUCGCACAGCUCGAGAAGCAGCGCAAGAGUGCUCGUGUCCUCCAGGUCCUCCAGGAAAACGGGGAAGAAAAGGAAACCCUGGAAUUCCAGGCACUCCAGGACGAGAUGGCUACCCGGGUCCAUUGGGUAUGGAUGGUAAGCCUGGACCUCCAGGACCAAAAGGCAGUCAGGGAAUGCCAGGACCAAAAGGAGAUAAGGGAGACCAGGGAGACACUGGGCCCAGGAUGGUCUUCCCUCGCUAUGAGCAUGGCUUUCUCUCGGCUACAACUGACCAUCAUACAUUUCACAGGCGCCUUCUAAAGGGUGAUCAAGGUCAAACUGGGCCCCCAGGUCCCCCAGGACCUCCAGGAACACCUGGUCCCAGAGGGCCUCCAGGAAACACAGGCAGAGAUGGGCCACAGGGCCACCCAGGAGAGCCGGGUCCUCCUGGAAAAGAUGGAAAUGAGGGACCAAGAGGGCCACCUGGCAUGCAGGGUACAGAUGGUGUCAACGGAAUGCCUGGACCACAGGGCCCUUUAGGGCCAAAGGGGGAUCAGGGUGCUCCAGGUACUGAGGGGAAAAAAGGGAUUGAUGGAUCCCCUGGCAUGAAGGGUGAAAAGGGAGAUGUUGGGGAUCCAGGACCCCAGGGUUUGUCUGGAGAGAAAGGAGCUACUGGCUUUACAGAAAAUGUUGAUCUGGCUGCUAGUUUCAAAGCACUGCAGGGGCCUCCAGGCCCUCCAGGACCCCCUGGAGAGCAAGGGCCAAAAGGAGAAAUGGGCUCACAUGGAGCGCCAGGACCUGAAGGAAAGCAGGGCCAUAAGGGAGAGAGAGGUGAUGCAGGAGAGCCUGGAGCAGCAGGAGCAAAAGGGGAAAAGGGGGAUAUUGGGCUCACAGGGCCUUCGGGGGCAGCAGGGCAAAAAGGAGAUAAAGGAGACUCUAGGCUUGAGGACAAUUUGGACCAGAUUAUCUCUUUGCCUGGCCCACCAGGGCCUCCUGGACCCCCUGGGCCUGCUGGCUAUCAUGGAUUACCUGGACUCAAGGGAGAGCCUGGUGAGGCAGUUAAAGGAGAAAAGGGGGACGCUGGGGAGAGAGGUCCAGCUGGGCAACGGGGUCUUCAAGGCUUUCCAGGGUCUAAUGGCUUGGUAGGCCUGCCAGGUGCAAAAGGUGAAAAGGGAAAACAAGGCGAACCAGGAUUAGAUGGUUUCCCAGGGCUUCAAGGAGAAAAGGGGGACAGAGGAGACAGGGGGGAGAAGGGUGAGAGAGGCUCAAUAGGAAAGAAAGGUCUGAAAGGGCAGAAGGGAGAGCAGGGACCUCCAGGACUUGAUCAGCCUUGUCCUGUGGGGCGAGAUGGAUUGCCCAUACCAGGAUGCUGGCAUAAGGAGCCCCUGCAAAAAUAAUGUCUGUAUCGCUGCAUUAACAAAAGAGGGGGUCUCCACUGCCACAAUAACAAGUGUAGAAAAGCAAUGAAGAGAGCAUCAUAGGUGCUGAGACUGUACUGAUAUUGAGAAGAGACAUGAACUCAAUGCUUGCGGAUGCACAGAGAAUGCUGCUGAUGUCCUUAAGGAGAGAAUGGGUCUUAUACCAAUAUAACCCUGAACUUUCUAACAGACUGACCAAUGCGUCUGCAUAUAUGACUUCAAAUGAUGUUCUUCACUGACUGUCUUACUUUUCUGGGUGCCAUUUGAACCAACCCCAUCCAUUCUUCAUUAAAUAUUUGCUUUGAAAGGACGAGGCUUCAGGGCAGGGCGGCAAGGCCAAGCACCCGUCUCAGCCCUAAAGGACACUGAAUGGGCUGCAUGGAGUGAGAAUGCAUUGCCAAAGUUCAACUGGAUGUUUCAAAUGAAAGGGCUCGCCUGUACUACAGGGAGGAAUGUGAUGUGGACAUUGCACUGGAAGUGUACUGGUGUACAUAUGGACAAAUCUGUACUCAGGAAACUUUUUUCACUUGCUCAAUAGGAAACAGCAUACUAUCUUUUGUUCUGUUGCUCUCUAAAAUACCCCAGUGGAGUGGUGGUAAAAAGUAUAACUGAUAUCAUGUAAAAGUUGUUUUAAGUCUGUCCGUUUAUAAGAAUCCUCACUGAAUAAAACUACUUUUGGUCUUUUAUUCAAUGAUCAUUCUUCCCCAAUGAACAUUAUAUGAAGUUUGUGUAAAUAAAAUUGAUAAUUUUUACUUUUAAA